AUGAAAGAUAAAGAUGUUUACGAGCAGGAAGUGCAACUACAAAAAGUGAGGAUAGAAAAACUGAAAAGGGACGGCACCAACGAAAGAGUCCUAAGUCAGGAAGAGCAAGUUCUUGUUGAAACGAAAACAAUGAUUCCCGAUACGAAGAGACGCCUCAUAAAGGCGACAGACGAUCUGAAAAAGUUUAUGAGUGAUAAUUCCGCCUAUAGUGACACUAAUGAGUAUCGCGAUGCCAAAAAAAUAUUGCUGCAAGCCAAGGAUUAUCUGCCCGCGCCUGGAGAAGCAGUCCAUAUGUGUUGA